AUGAUAAAUAUAUCAACUCAUCUUAGCAAAGAGUGUAAUAGUUGUCACAAGAAAAAGGAUCUUGAAGAGUUUCUUAAGGAUGAUAAAAAAGUUUUAAUUAUAAUCGAUUACACAGAUAUCAGUGAGUUUGUAUAUAAUUCUCUGAUUUCUCUUGAAGACCUUGAUGAGUUCUGUGAGAAUGAUAAUACACAAUUAGCUGUUAAUUUUGACGUCGAGUUGUCUUCAGUAAUUGAUCUUAUAUUAAAUGAGGAUAAUGAAAACUUUAUUGACUAA